CAUGCCAGGGAUGGACACAUAGGAUAACAUGCCGGGGAUGGACACACAUAGGAUAACACGCCGGGGAUGGACACACAUAGGAUAACAUGCCGGGGAUGGACACAUAGGAGAACAUGCCGGGGAUGGACACAUAGGAUAACACGCCAGGGAUGGACACAUAGGAUAACAUGCCGGGGAUGGACACAUAGGAGAACAUGCCGGGGAUGGACACAUAGGAUAACAUGCCGGGGAUGGACACAUAGGAGAACAUGCCGGGGAUGGACACAUAGGAGAACAUGCCGGGGAUGGACACAUAGGAGAACA